CACACACACACACACACACACACACAGUCAGUCAGUCAGUCAGUCAGUCAGUCGGAGUCGAUGAUGUUUCAGGAUCAGUGAGGCUCAUCGCUCGUUUCCUGUCUAUUAAAGCUAAAACCAGGUCGCUGUGCUCCACCUGCACCAUCAGAGACCGCCAUCUGCGACUGACCUUGCGUCCUUUGUGUCGUCCUGCAGAUCAUCAGAUUCACGUGAAGACGGCGCCCAGUUAACGCACACACACACACACACACACACACACACACACACACACACACACACAAUCAUGCACAUGAACACACCUGGACUCAGUGUUAACAGGUGUGUGUGUGCGUGACAUCAUGUCUGACUUGUGGCCAUUUUCCUCGUCCUCUCCCAUCAUCCAUCACUCCUCUCCGUUCAUCUCUUCCCCUCCUCCCCUCUCCUCCCCCACGUCAACCGGAAACCAUGGAAACCCUCCUCACGCCAAGGUUCCCUCCUAUCACCUCCCUGAGCAACAGGUAACAUCUCCUCAUCACCUGCCUCCUCCCCAGGUGACCUCCCCUCACUACUCCCACCCUCAGGCAACCUCCCCUUACCCGUGUCCACUCCAGGUAACCUCCCCUCCCAUCGUACCUGAGACCCAGGUACCCUCCCCUCACCUCCUCUAUCACAACCAGGUAACCUCCCCUAACUGUGUGUCCCAGUACCAGGUAUCCUCCCCUCACCUCCCCCCACCCCAGGUAUCCUCCCCUUACCAUAAUCAGCCCCAGAUAACGAGCCCUCACCUCCUUCCUCGGGCCCAGGUAACCUCCCCUCAUCACCUCCCUCAUUCCAAUGUCACCUCCCCCCACUUCGCCCCCCACUCCCAGGUGACCUCCCCUCACCUCCUCUCCCCGCUCCAGCACCACUUCUCCAACCAAAAUCAUGAUCCGGGUUUUGAUAAUCCAGAUUGGAGCGGACCUGAACCACCAUCUGACCUUUCCUACCUGCUGAAGAGCUACAGUUACUCCUGCCAGAACCAGAACACGGCCCACCUCGACCUCCAGAACCAGAACCAGUUUGGUACUGGAGGUGAACUGGAGAACAGACUGCCCUAUAAUGCCCACACGCACCUCGGCGGCGGCGGCGGCGUGUACGAUCAGGGUGUCGCACCUGGUCCCGUUCAGGACGUCUGGAGGCCUCUGGGGCCAACUCUGUCCCAGCUGCAGUGCUCUCCGCUGGGCUCCACAUCCGGAGAGGUCGGCCUCGGCAGAUGGAGCUCCAUGGAGUUCAGCUCAUCGCCUGCUGAUGACUCCUCCGGUGUUCAGUUUUUCUACGACGGUUGCCACGACAACAACGCCCCCCAGCCCUUCUGUAGCCCCAAUACCCCUGGUCCGAGUCCUCAUUACCCGCAGACCCCGACUAUAUCCAGCCCCGGUCCUCAAAUGCAUCUCAGGGAAGGGAGACCGGACUUUCACACGUCCAGACAGCUGAGCCGAGACAAAGCCCUCAGCUGCUGCCUGCAGGAGUACGACAGCUACCCUCUGACCUCCGACCCCGGGCAGCAACACCCGCAGCAGGCGAGCCAGCACCUCCUCCAGAGCCAGACUGAGCUGAUCCAGGACCAGAAGGGCCUCCUCGACGCCGCCUCGAACUCCAAGAGCUGUUUCCCUCCGCAGGGAAGAGGCCAGGAUGUCAGUGGUGCCGCCCAGGCUCCGAGCCUCCCUGCUGGGCGGAGCUGGAAAGAGGAGUGUGGAGGAGGAGGAAGAGGAGGAAGAGGAAGAAGAGGAGGAGGAAACAAUCAACCAGACUGGAACUGGAUGAAACGGCCACAACCUAAAAGCAGCCCUGAGGUUCUCGACUGCAGGCUGCAGUGUACGGUGUGUAAACGGGAUUUCAGGAGUCUGCCGGCGUUGAACGGACACAUGCGAUCCCACAGCGGAUCCAGAUCAGCUACAUGGUUGAACAAGGGUGAGGACUCCUCCCCACUCGUCCCACCCUCCAUCUCCAUGGUGAUGCCCGUCACCGUGCCCGUCCAACCCAGAGCCGCCGCUAAGGUGUGCCGCGGUGGGCCGAGGAGAUGCAGUCGCCUCUCUCCACCCAGCGCACGUGCUGUGCUCUACCGCAGCCUGAUGCACCUAGAGGAAGAGGAAGAGGAAGCGGUUGCUAAGGGCGACGGGCCUGUAAGCAGUGGCGCCGAUGUAGCUGAGGAUGGCGUGGUUACCAGGGGUGACGGUGGCGUACACUACACCCCUCCACCCAUGCUGUGUCCCCUCAGGGCGGGGCCAGGGUUGUACUGCUCCCUCACCAGCAGGAGGCAGCAGAGAGUGCAGACUGUACAGAUCCACAACAAUGGACUCGAUGAUCUUGUUGCCACGGAGACGGCCUCCCCUCUUCCUGGAACACUAACGACUGGAAUCAAUACGCCCUACGUAAUCAAUACGCCGUACGUAAUCAAUACGCCGCGGAUCAAUGUCGGGCGGGGCUUCCAGGCUGAAGUCCCGCCUCUACGGGCCCAAAGAGAUGACCCCUCCGACUCCCACAAUGCACUGCUGCUGUGGACACCGUGGGACGAGCUGGAACGUCCUGUCAAUCAACAGAGAGUUGAAGCCCUGUUGACGAUGGCUCGCUCCAGCGUGGUGCCAGGGGGCGGAGCCAGCCCAGAGUCCGCCCUCCAUGUCCUAUCAGAGUGCAGAGGAGACUUCCUGCUGACGGUGGAGAAGCUGCUGUUGACUCCUGAAACCUCAAACAACAACAACAACCACACACCUCAUCCAGCAGGUGUCAGCUGGAGUUCAGCGGAGAGGAGGUCGCUGGUUAAAUCCCUGCAGCUUCAUCACAAAGACUUCAGCCAGGUCCAGAAAGCGGUUCAGACCAAGACCGUCUCUCAGUGUGUGGAGUUUUAUUAUCUGUGGAAGAAGAAGCUGAGUCUGAGGACCCCGGCCACACUGACCGUCACUCUGCCCGCCUCAAAUGGUCAAAGGUCAUCAAAGACCAAAUGAUGCAUGAACCGCCGGACUGUCACCUGCUGGAGCUACACACUACUAACCAACACACACACACAGAGACACACACACACACACACACACACAGACACACACACACACACACACACACACACACACACACACACACACACAAACACACACACACACACACACACACACACACACACAAACACACACACACACACACACACACACACACACACACACACACACACACACACACACACACACACACACAGAGACACACACACACACACACACACACACAGACACACACACACACACACACACAGAGACACACACACACACACACACACACACACACACACACACACACACACACACACACACACACACACACACACACACACACACACACACACACACACACACACACACACACACACACACACACACACACACACACACACACAGACACACACACACAGACACACACACACAAACAGACACACACACACACACACACACACACACACACACACACA